AUGUGAACAUGUAGAGUGUGAGCUAUUCACUGCAAGUUGCAAGUGCCAAGUAGCAGGGUCCAAUAGGGAGAGGCUGGGCGGUGACCACACAUUCUGGAGGGACCUGAUGGGGAGGAACCACUCACAUCACUUGGGACUUCUUAUAAAGGGUAAUACGGAAAAGUAAAAUAUUAAGUGCCAUUUACUUUGACUCCAAUGAAGACCUGCAACAUGAAUAUCUGCAUUGAGACCCUAUCCAGCACAUCAUCCACAAAUGCAUCCUUAAUAAGAUAUCUAGAACUCAAAGGGGAUAUUAAAAGCAUCAUUAAUCUGACAGCAUAGCAAUAUAAUUUAGCUUCUAUUUAGUGACAUACGGAGGCAUGUGACUUGAUAUUUUAAGUCUGGGGAUCUAUGCAUUACCUGAGCAAAAUAGAAAAGAUCAACUAUCUUUUCGUCAUUUUGAAUAGAUAAAUUAUUUGUUUGCUAUUCACUGCCAGCAAUGACUGAUUAAACUAGCCCUGAAUCUGAUUUGACCAUAAACAACUGACUUGGAAUAUAUCUUAUACUACUGAAGAAUCCCUUUUUUGUCCAGAUCUCCUAUCAAUAUCUUGAAGAUGUAUGCGGAGCUGUCUCUUCACAACCUGUUGUUGACAUUUCUGUGCAUCCUCACAGUUAUUUAUUGCUGGAAGUGGAUUCAGUUUUGGGUCAUCCCCAGAUGGUCCAAAUCCUGUUACCCACCGGGACCUUUUCCUUGGCCAUUGAUCGGCAAUGCUAUGCAGAUAGGCAAGUCUCCUCACCUCACCUUUGUUGACUUAUCCAAGAAGUAUGGUGAAAUAUUUCAAAUCAAGUUGGGCAGUAUGAAGGUUGUGGUGCUGAAUGGGGAUAGAGUCAUCCGAUAUGCUCUUCUACAUAAAGGAGCAGACUUUGCAGGUCGCCCCAAAUUUCCUUCCUUUAAUGCUGUAUCUGGAGGUCGCAGCUUGGCAUUUGGCUUUUAUAAUGAGAGGUGGAGGGCACACCGUAAGGUGGCACAGUCUACAGUGAGAGCAUUCUCUACUGCCAACCCUCAAACAAAGCGCAGUCUUGGACAACAUGUUCUGAACGAAGCCAGUGAACUUAUCAGACUAUUCUCUAAACUUGGAGAAGAUGGGAGAUAUUUCUGUCCUGGGAGACAUUUAAUAGUGGCUGUGGCCAAUGUGAUGAGUGCUAUAUGUUUUGGUAGAAGAUACAGUCAUGAAGACCUGGAGUUUCAAGCACUACUUAGCAAUAAUGACAAGUUCAGUAAGACAGUGGGGGCUGGAAGCUUGGUGGAUGUCAUGCCCUGGCUCCAGUACUUCCCAAACCCAGUGAGAACGGUCUUCAGAAACUUCCAGCAGGUAAAUAAAGAAUUCUACAGCUUUGUCCACUGCAAGUUCUUACAGCAUCGCAGCACAGUUACCUCUGGGUCUACCAGAGACAUGAUGGAUGCCUUCAUACACAUCUUAUUAGAAAAGAGUGUUAGUAACGGUGGCGAAAAAAAGGUGGUGAAGAGCAACCAUCAGGGAUUCCAACUGCUGGAGACAGAUCAUGUCCCAGCCACCGUCACUGAUAUCUUUGGUGCUAGCCAGGAUACUUUGUCCACAGCUCUUCAGUGGCUCAUAUUCUUCCUCAUCAGGUUUCCAAAGAUUCAGAUCAAAAUGCAAGAAGAAGUGGAUACGGUUAUUGGCAGAGAUCGCUUGCCUUGCGUUGAUGAUCAGCCAAAUUUACCAUAUAUCAUGGCUUUUCUUUAUGAAUUAAUGAGGUUUAGCAGUUUUGUUCCAGUCACUAUUCCUCAUGCAACCACAAAAGAUACAGAUUUAAUGGGCUACAAAAUUCCCAAAGAUACCGUGGUGUUUGUCAAUCAAUGGUCAGUAAAUCAUGAUCCAGAGAAAUGGUCGAAACCAGAGGAAUUUAACCCGUCUAGAUUCCUAGAUGUAAAUGGGUUUCUCAAUAAAGACCUGGCGAGCAACGUGAUGAUCUUCUCAGUUGGCAAAAGAAGGUGUAUUGGUGAAGAGUUAUCUAAAGUGCAACUCUUCCUCUUUGCAUCAAUCUUAGUCCAUCAGUGCACCUUCACGGCAGAUCCUUCUGCCAUUCUAAAUCUGAAUUGUGACUAUGGGCUGAGCAUCAAACCUAAGCCUUUCAUGAUUAGCAUGACACUUCGAGAUGGCAACAUGGACUUACUAGAUAAUACUGUACUCUCAAUGAGAAAUGAAGAGUAGGCUGCUACAUACACUGGACAUAUGGACCAAAAUAUUAAACUGAGAUCCGUAAUUCUUGCCUUUUAUUAUGUCAACAGAUUAACCAUUUAUAAUAUUAAAACAAACUUUUAAAUCAUAUUUCCUGUAACAUGUGAACUGCUGUAAUGCACUGAUAUAUUGAUAUUUGUUUUUUGUAUAUGAAUAGUUCAAUAAAGCUAUAUAUUUUAGUAACAUAAUACAAUUCUACCUAGAGCACUUCAAAUGACACUUGGAGAAUAAUAUAAAUUUAAAAGCUACAAGCAAGUGUCAAAAUUAAAUAUUCAUGGUUCAGAUAGAACACAUAGUUUAAAGAGACUUUUUAAUGAACUUCUAUUGUCAGACUUACUUUGUUUUCUUGCAUUAGACACAAAAGAAGCAUGGGAAAAAGUCCCAUUCUAGAAUACACUUAUAGCACUCAUUAUAGGCAUAGAAAUGUGGAUAAUAAUCAACAUGAACUAUUGGUAAUGUUAUUAGGUACCUGUACUAUUAGUACAUAGACUCUCUUUAAUUCUUGAGGUUCAUUAGUGUUACUAUUACCUAUAUAGUGUAACCUACAUGUGAUUUGGAUCAAUAUGACUUUGAGAUCCAUCAAGGUUCACAUAUAAUAUAUAUGCAAUUGAACCUCUAUAACCACAAAUUUUGAUUGCAAGGUACUAUAUCAUCCUAGUAGGAGCAUUGUUUUUAAGUUGCACAUCCCUAUAUUUUAAAUCUCCUAUUUUUUAUGUGUUCCCAAUAAAAGUUAUGUUUUAUCCUGACCUGAGACCUUGAGUUUCCUUUGUUGAUCAUUUCCAAAUUCGAUUAUUAUCCACAUUUCUAUGCCUAUAAUGAGUGCUAUAAGUGUAUUCUAGAAUGGGACUUUUUCCCAUGCUUCUUUUGUGUCUAAUCAUUGAUUCAAUACACAGCACCACUGACCCCAGUUAUAACUUAGCAUAAAAGCUACUUAAUACCACGAGGGUACAGUCAUAGUGUAUUACAUCACAGGGUAGUGCCAUUGAACCCCCUUUUUCUCUAUCUUGUUUUCUUGCAUACCUAUGUAGGCUCGGGAUUCAGAAACAGAAAGACACAACUCUUAGCUGAUGAUUGGGGGCUAUGCACAUAUACCUCAGCAGAUGUGUUUAGCUAGUGGAUUGCUGCGUAAGAGCUGACUUUAACUAUGUGUUUAACCUAUUUGCUUGGGUUAAACGCACAGGGGUUGAUUCCAAUCCUUGAUAAGAAAAACUUAUCAACUAAUUUAUGUUCAAAAAAAUCCCCCUAGACUUUAAAAGUGAUUUUUUUCAGAAAAUCAUUAGAUACAUUUUUUUCUAAAAAAUUGGAAUCAGCCUAUAGUUAUAUUCAAGCAAUAGCAAAAUAGUAAAAUAGAGCAUUUUAUUUUUGGACUUUAAUGUCCCUUUAUGAAUACCAACUAGCUAAUAAAGAAUUGAAAUUACAGAAUCAUUGUGUUUAUAUUGUAUUGCAAAAUGGUAAAAUAACGUGACCCACUAAUAAUAUACACCUAUAAAUCAGUAUGGGAAUAUACAUUUUCCUCAAUAAUUAAUGCCAGCAUGCCAGGUGCUCAUCUACCAAUCAAAGAACAAUAACCAAAACAAUACCCACGCUUACAGACAAAUUAUGUGGCAUGCUCUGUUCUUAACUGAAAUGUGUAUUGUAUAACAAAUAGUUUGAAUAAGUUGCUUUUCUUUGAAAAAAAAUGGACAAAUAAAAAAAAUAAAAAUAAAUGAAUAAUUA